AUGUCCGUCGUGGCGCGUCAUCGAGCGAUCCCUGUGAUUGGUCAACCGUUUUUCCACGCUUCGGAAGUAGGGACGUCCAUUUUGCGCCGAGCGGAAGGCGAGUGCUGCCGAGACGAAGAGAACGCGACGAGUGGCGCGGUCCAAGCAGACGUCACCGCGUUUGUUGCGACAUUUCGGCCCCUCUGGACCCCUGCGCGGCAGAAAAAACCUUGA